AUGACAGAUCGACUGAUUUGCCCCGUCACCGUCGUCGUCCUCGUCGUCCUCGUCGUCCUCGUCGUCGUCCCCGACACACAGCAUCCAAGCACCGAUACCAGUACCCUUCCCUAA